AUGAUUGCUAAUGCUGUAUACCUAUGUUACAGACACACAAAAUUGCCAGAAUGGCUCAAGACAGAUAUUCCAGUUGGUGAUAGCUUCAAAAAGAUCAAAAGUGAUUUGCGAGGCUUGAAACUCCAUACGGUUUGUGAGGAAGCCAAAUGCCCAAACAUUGGCGAAUGUUGGGGUGGUGGUGAGGAAAAAACUGCAACUGCAACCAUUAUGUUAAUGGGUGACGAAUGCACUCGUGGGUGUAGAUUUUGCUCUGUCAAGACCAAUCGGAAACCCAAGGCGCUCGACCCUAAUGAGCCGGAACAUACAGCUGAAGCCAUUUCUCGAUGGGGCUUGGGUUACAUUGUAAUGACAUCAGUAGAUCGCGAUGACCUUCCUGACGGAGGUGCGAGCCAUUUUGCAAACACUGUUAGACUUACCAAGAAAAAGUCACCCAAGAUUCUGGUCGAGUGUUUGACUGGAGAUUUCAGAGGAAAUCUCGACGAUGUUGAGACUGUCGCACUUUCAGGAUUAGAUGUCUAUGCACACAAUAUUGAAACGGUUGAGAAUCUACAGCCAUAUGUUCGUGACCGCCGGGCAGGAUUUCGGCAAUCACUUUCUGUCCUUGAGCAUGCCAAAAAGGUCCGUCCAGAUCUUAUUACAAAAACAUCUAUGAUGCUGGGACUAGGUGAGACAGACGAGGAAGUUAUACAUACUCUUGAAGAAUUACGCAAGGUUGAUGUAGAUGUAGUGACAUUUGGCCAAUAUAUGCGGCCCACUACUAAGCACAUGAAAGUGUCAGAGUAUGUACACCCAGAGAAAUUCCAGCACUGGGCAGAUGUAGCUAAACAGAUGGGAUUCAAGUAUGUGGCCAGUGGUCCGCUUGUGCGAUCGAGUUACAAGGCUGGCGAGUUUUAUAUCAAGAAUAUGCUCAAAGAACAACAGAUGAAGGCGUCAAUACAGCAGUCGGAAAAUAGCAGCACAUUGAAUCAAGACGAGAUUCGGCUUAAUGCAUAG